AUGGGGCGGAAUCAGCACAAGCCCAUCCCUCCUGCAGAGGACCUUCAACCAUUCAUUGCUAAGUACUGGAAGCAAAAUAAGUCCGAUGUUGCUAUCCUUGCUCUCCUCAAGAAACAUCAUAUUGAUCUCUCCAAGUAUGGACUGGAAAUCGCAUCGUUCCGUAAAAUUCAUGAAAAGUUGGGGUAUAUUCGAGCUCGAACACAAGGUCACACGGUUGAAUCUAUUGUGACUCCGAUUUCCAAACUUCGCAUCACUUAUCCAAAGGCUGGAGGUCGAGAGAUGGUCAGCCUCCUCUUUCAUGAGGAGAACAUCCGGGUUGCACGUGAGACAGUGAUGCACUAUUUUCGUGUCUAUGAGCCAGAUUUAGUCCGAGAACGCCGACAGCGCCAUUUCAAACGCAAGCGCUUCUGGGCUGCUGGUGCUAAUGAUAUCUGGGCUGUAGACCAACAUGACAAGUGGAAGUACAAGUUCGGUCUUGCACUUCACACCAGCAUCGAUCCUUUCCUUGGUCUCAUUCAUUGGAUGAGGAUCUGGUGGAACAAUAACAAUCCUCGACUUAUUCUUAGUUACUAUCUUGAUGUGAUCGAGAAUCUUGGAGUUAUGCCACUUGUGUCUCAGAGUGAUCCAGGCUCAGAGAACGUUGGGCUUGCUAACGGACACACUCAGCUUCGACACUAUCAAGAUCCCUCUCUGGUUGGAACAUCACAACAUCGCUGGAUGCGCGAGAAGAAGAAUGUCAAGCCAGAGAUUACUUGGAGCCAGAUGCGUCGCCGAUUCACACCAGGCUUUGAGGAUAUCCUCGAUUUUGGUGUGAAUCAAGGAUGGUAUGAUCCUGGUGUUCUUCUUGAAGCUCUCGUGUUCCGCUGGGUUUUUAUUCCGUGGCUACAGGCAGAACUAGACAACUACCGAAAUCGCGUCAAUAAUACUGCCAAACGACAUGACCGCAACAAAAUUCUUCCAAAUGGUGUCCCCAGCCACAUGUUCGAAUUUCCCGAAGACUACGCAAUUCUCGACUUCAAGAUCAAAGCUGAUCCUGUCGGGAUUCAGAAGGUUCGUGACAUGUAUGCGCCUCCCGACCACGAGAUUUUCCAGCUCGUUCCAUUGGAUUUCGAGGUUCUCAUCUCCCAGAUAUAUCGGGACAUUGGAGAGCCUCCGGUUAAUCGGAAGAGCUGUUGGGAGGUGUAUCGACGACUACUGUCCGAAUUCAACAAGCUCAAUGAGCUUCACGUGAUGCAUCAGAGCGCACACUGGACCCGGGCAUUAGAAAUGGCGUCCAACGAGUAUCCAGACAAGAUUGAGGUCCUCCCGAACCUGAAGGAGCUGCGAGGAGGUGAAGACGUUGUUGGGCCUGGCGCGUACAUGGGCGGCGUCAAUCAGGAUCCCCAACAUUAUGCAAGACUCGGUGAAAUGCUCAAUGAAAUUGAGCCAGAUCUCGGCCCUGUCGAAGAGGAGCCUGAGAGCUUGUAUGCAUGGUUUUCGGACGAGGAAGAUGAUUUAGUAGCAGACGGGGAUUGGUAA